AUGGAGCAACAGAGCACUAUGAGUCCAGCGAGAAGCCAGAAGCCAACCAACGGCACACAAACAGCUGACGAAGGCGCUCCCGACGAUUGGGAAUGGAGGGCCUCCGGUAGUUCGGCGGCUGAAAUUUUGAAAAAAUCGUUUUGA